AUGGCGCUGGCGAUAUUGAGGUACCCGAAGACCUCCUCCGUGCUUUCAUGCGCCGUGGCACUUUUCUGCUGCGGCUUGACGUCGUACCAGAUCUACAAGUGGGGAGUCACAUACUCCGUGACUGUCGGAACUGCGGAUAUUAGCCUCAGCCUAUCCCACCUGGAGUACAUUUACGUGAGGCCGUUCUGCCACGUUGUGUCCUACGUGGUCGGCAUAUUUGCUGGAUACCUGUCGGUCUGCCACGGAUCAGUGCCUCUUGGUCGUUGGUUCCAGGUAGCACAGUGGAUGCUGUCCGCGGCUCUAUUUCUGUUCGUGAUGUUCGUGACGGUGCCAUGGAAUGAAGGCAAAUUGCCCAGCGCCCCCGUGAACGCCAUCUAUGGUGGAUUCCACCGACUACUCUGGAGCGUGGCCUUGUUGUGGCCUUGCUACGCCAGCGCCACAGGACGGGGAGGAUGGUUCAACAGCUUCUUUUCAUGGACAAUGUUUCGGCCGCUGUCGAGGUUGACUUUCUGCAUCUACCUGACGCACGUUCCCAUGUUCUACAUCCGCACAGGAAAUAUGAAGACCAACUUUGAGCUGAACGAGUUUUUUCAGCUCAGCACAUCCAUGGGCAUCUACUGGUUCAGCGUCGUGUUCGGGUUAGCGCUGCACCUGUGCGUGGAAGCACCCGUCUCGCACAUGCAAAAGUUCCUCUUCGAGCGUGACUCCGAGAAGAGCAAGUCGUCUACUGAUGUCAAGCCAUCUGCGGUCGAGAAUGGCGAACAGCGGUCAAAGCUAUAAUAACCAACUAGUUGUAAGAGGAAACAAGCCGUUUCUUCCUCAUCAAAACCACUUCAGCAGACAUUCUUGGCACCCUAAUGAUUACUUCGGCCUUAUCCGCAUACGUUAGCAAAUCACUAGGUUAAAGGAAUCCUUCGUUUGUAUUGUUUCGGUGACGGAAAAAUCAUGAACAUGGUGCUCGACGGUCGACACGCAUAAGUUAUUUACUGUGACACUGUACUUUAAUACCAUCCCUUGUCUGUUGCUAUUCAUGUGACACGCGGGCACAAUAAAGGCGUUUGCAUUGUCA